GUGGAGUGAAAGCAGCUUGUUCGGAGGUCAAGAGGAAGAAGACAGCUCUUUAUAAGAAAGAUCGGCAGGUUUCAUCACUUUUCCUGCCUCUCUCAUCAUCAUCGUCAAGACGACAAAAAAGGACCGGCAAUGUCGCUCAUCGACUGGUCCCAGAGGCCAUACGCGCUCGUGACGGGCGCAAGCGAGGGCAUCGGUGAAGAGCUGGCCCUCGCCUUGGCUCGACGCGGCACCCACUCGCUCAUCCUCGUCGCGCGGACGCGGAGCAAGCUGGAGCGUGUCGAGCGCCGCAUUCGCGAGGCCUGUGUCAGUCUCGGCCACACAGAGGUCGACGUCAAGAUCAUCUGCGAGGACCUCUCUGCGACUGGCGCUGCCGAAAAGGUGUUUCAGGCGACCAAGGGCCUCCCCGUCGCCAUCCUCGCCAACAAUGCAGGCAUGGCCAUCGGUGGGCCGACGGACAACCUCGAACUGGCAAAGGUCGAGCAGAUCUUGCAGCUCAACAUCGUCACCCUCACCCUGCUCGUCCAGCUCUAUACCCAGACGCUCGUCGAUGCAGCCGCCUACUACCGCGCCCGGCAGCAUCUCUACGGCAAGCACCGCAUGGCUGGCAUCGUCAACAUGUCCUCCCUGUCCGCCCUCAUGCCCAUCCCGCACAUGUCGCUCUACGCCGCCUCAAAGGCCUACGUCCUCUCCCUGACCGAGGCGCUGCACCACGAGCACCAGAUGCACAACACCGGCCUCGCCGUCGUCGCCAUCCUCCCCGGCGCCACCGUAUCGCCGAUCUGGGCAAAGGAAGGCGCAGACCCGUCCAAGGUCCUCCUGCCCUUUACCACAAUGGACGACGUCGUCAGGGCGACGCUGAAAGCCCUCGACUCAAACAAGGCCGUCAUCGUCCCCGGCUACUUGAACAACGUCCUCUCCUUCAGUGUCAGACUCGCUCCUCGCUGGCUCGUCCGCAGGCUCGCCUACAUUUUCAUGAGGCAGGGGUGACCUCUUUCCCAUGGCCUUACCCUUACCGCACGUUCUUGUAUUAGUUGGGUUUAUUCUUCAGUGCCAAUCGA